AUGGGCCUCAACCCGACGUCUCCACGCGCUGGUGAGAUCAUUCUCCUUCUGUCUCCUGGAACUGAUGGCGAAGUGGACGAAGGUGUGCCUCGAAACCGAAGCCCCAUGUCCAUCACACGUCUGGAAUCCGUUGGGCAAGAAACCUACCUCGCCCCCAAGGGGGGGGGGGGGGGGGAUGACAGAGAAUGCCUCGCCCAGACCCCAUCAACCCAAUACCAGGCCGCCCUCCCGUUCCUCCACGAUGAUACAAGCGACAACGAGAACCACCUGGUCGAGAUACUUCUCGAACUCGUACAGAUACACGACCCGCCGGGAUGA